GGCCGGCUCUGGCCGGGCCCCGCCGGCCCCCUCGGGAGUAGCCCCGAACCGUGGCCCCUUUGGGGAGAGGUGGUUCCCACUACCCGCCUGGGACUGUGUCCGAAAGGAAAGGGUUAGGAUGGGCUUCGGACCUGGCUGGGGCUGGCAGAAGGCGGCCCGUGGCUCGCGACAGCCAGCGAUGCCUCUGGUCCCGAGGACCCUGGGUCACGGAGACUUCCCUACUGUACAGAGGACGCUGUCCUACUCCUAAGGGUCCAGGGCUCCAAUUCAGGCUUCUCCGGAGUCUGAGCUAGGGCCCUCCCUUCCCUAAGCAUACCCAGUAAGAGCAUGCGCUGUUUUUGGAUAAGUAUUGGGCUUGGAGUUGGGAGUCCUGGGUUAUUACCAUGGCUCUGAAAGAGCACAUCCCCUUUGGCCUGGUUGAGGGUCGGUGGGAAGAUCAUGAGGUUCCAGAAGGAAAAAAGGAGAUACUCGCUUUAAAUAUAGCCUAGAGUGUGUCACAUGACCCCAAUGAGCCUCAGUUUCCACAUCCAUUAAACGGCGAUGGUAAUUAUACUGGCCUCACAGGGUCUAAACCGUGGAGAUUUUUAUUAGUCACCACUCUGGGCAUAUUUAUCUCCCAGGAAAAUAGAGUAAAACUAGUUGCUCCUAAGCGUCCUGCCAAUUCAAGAGUUUGUGAUUUCGUAAAGGGGUUGUUGGGAAGCGAGGUCUUCAACUAGCCCAGAGGGACAACUCAUUGGCUUUAUUUUGUUUUUACUUAGUUUACCUAUAAGCUAAGUGUAGGUUACAAGAAUCCUGUGGUCGCUGGGGCUAGAGCUUGACUCUGGAGAGAGGAAAGGAAGAAUGGAAGCCUGGUGAAGAGGCAGAGAAGCCUGUGGGAGCUCAGUCCGAGCAGCAACACCCCUGAGUUCCCGGUGGUGAGAGGAUGUGGCCCCUGGACCCAUCCAGGAAAGAGGUGCUGAGGUUUGCAGUCAGCUGCCGUGUCCUGACUCUGGUGCUGCAGGCUCUCUUCAAUGCCAUCAUCCCCGAUCACCAUGCAGAAGCCUUCUCUCCUCCUCGCUUCACCCCCUCAGGCUCUGUGGACCAAAUCGUCGAAGGUCUUCUGGGUGGCCUGUCUCACUGGGAUGCCGAACACUUCCUGUUCAUUGCCGAGCGUGGCUAUCUAUAUGAGCACAACUUUGCCUUCUUCCCUGGCUUCCCCCUGGCUCUCUUGGUGGGAGCUGAACUACUGAGGCCCCUGUGGCCGUUGCUGAACCUACGAAGUCGCCUGUUAAUCUCAGUAGCGCUGCUCAAUUCCUUGUUCUCCGUGCUGGCCGCUGUCGCACUUCACGACCUGGGCUGUCUCGUUUUGCGCUGUCCCCGCCAGGCCUUUUAUGGAGCCCUACUCUUCUGCCUCAGCCCCGCCAACGUCUUCCUGGCAGCUGGUUACUCAGAAGCUUUGUUUGCCCUCCUGACGUUCAGUGCCAUGGGACAGCUGGAAAGGGGCCGAAGCUGGACUAGUGGCCUCCUCUUUGCCCUUGCCACUGGCGUACGCUCCAACGGGCUGGUCAACAUUGGCUUCCUCGUGUAUUCUCAGUGCCAAGGCUUUAUGUUCUCUCCCAUGGUGCUGAAUCCUCUGAGAGCACUCUUGAAACUAAUGGGCUCCGUAUUCCUGUCUGUGUUUGCGCUUGGCCUUCCCUUUGCUCUCUUUCAGUAUUAUGGCUAUACCCAGUUCUGUCUGUCAGGCUCAGUCCGCCCCAUCCCGGAGCCCUUGCGGCAGUUGGCCGUGGACAAAGGCUACCGGACUGUGGAGGGAAAUGAGCCGCCUUGGUGCUCCUGGGAACUGCCCCUAAUAUAUAGCUAUAUCCAGGAUAUCUACUGGAAUGUUGGCUUUUUGAGAUACUAUGAGCUCAAGCAGGUGCCCAAUUUCCUUCUGGCCACACCAAUGGCUAUCCUGGUUGCCGGGGCAACAUGGACAUAUGUGACCACCCACCCUUGGCUCUGCGUUACGCUUGGGAUGCAAAGAAGCAAGAACAGUAAGACCCCAGAGAAGCCCGAGCGCGGAUUCCUCGGCCCUCCGGUGUUUGUGUACCUGGUCCAUGCCGCGGUGCUGGCGCUGUUCGGCGGACUCUGCAUGCAUGUUCAGGUUCUCACCAGGUUUCUAGGUUCCUCCACUCCUCUCGUGUACUGGUUUCCAGCUUAUUUGCUUCAUAAUCAGGAGCCACUGCUGAGAUCCCUAGAGACGGUGCCUUGGAAGCCCCGUGUAGGGGACUCCCUGCCAGGACAAAUGGUCCCCAGAAAUUCCAUCAUGGAACUUUUAUACAACUGGAAAACCUGUUCUCUAGUCACACGAUGCAUUCUGGGCUACUUCCUGUCUUAUUGGCUUCUGGGACUGCUCCUACAUUGCAACUUCCUACCUUGGACAUGACCUGGAGUCUCAGGGGCUUGGAAGUACAGAUCCACACUGGGACUGUCUGUGUUGCCCCGGGACCCUUGCUCUGUCCUUUGGGAACCUCCAGUCUCUCUGAAGGCUGGUCAGGAAUGGGAGAAGUAUGAGCCACUGGAGAGCCCCGUCUUGUCCCGGCUAUGGCAAAUUUUAGAGUAGUACCUGUUUUCUCUGUGAGUGAAGAAAUCUCAUUCUCCGAGUCUAAAGUACACUUGCAUUUGUCUCGUCAACCAAGCAUAGCAGAGAUAGUUGUAAACUUUAAAGUAUUUAAAUGUCAAUGUAAAUGUAAGUGUUUAAAUGUCAGUCUCACCAAAGGCUCUAGCUAACGGGCCGGUAAUAGUCCACACAUGAUGGUGGAGGCCUGGAUGGUGUCCUGGCAGUAGUAAGUAAAGUAGGACCAUCUUUUUAAAAUGGGACAUUGUGGGGCGCCUGGGU